AGCCGCGCUGGCCCCAGAAGUGAUGAAAGCCACGGCGGAGUCCAGGUCACGCCGAAGCCGUUGCCCUUUUAAGGGGGAGCCUUGAAACGGCGCCCGGGUUCCAUGUUUGCAUCCGCCUCGCGGGGAGGAAACUCCAUGUUGUAACAAAGUUUCCUCCGCGCCCCCUCCCUCCCCCUCCCCCUUAGAACCUGGCUCCCCUCCCCUCCGAAGCUCGCGGGGAUCCCUCCCUCCCACCCCUCCCCUCCCCCCCGCGCCCCGAUUCCGGCCCGAGCCGGGGGGGAGGCCGGGCGCCCGGGCCAGAGUCCGGCCGGAGCGGAGUGCGCCCGGCCCCAUGGACAGCUCGGCCGUCAUUACUCAGAUCAGCAAGGAGGAGGCGCGGGGCCCGCUACGGGGCAAAGGUGAUCAUAAGUCAGCCGCUUCUCAGAAACCCCGGAGCCGGGGCAUCCUCCACUCGCUUUUCUGCUGUGUCUGCCGAGAUGAUGGGGAGGCCCUGUCCACAGCCCACAGUGGAGCACCCCUGCUGGUGGAGGAGAAUGGAGCUGUCCCCAAGACCUCAGUCCAGUACCUGCUUCCCGAGGCCAAGGCCCAGGACUCAGACAAGAUCUGCGUGGUCAUCGACCUGGACGAGACCCUGGUGCACAGCUCCUUCAAGCCAGUGAACAAUGCUGACUUCAUCAUCCCUGUGGAGAUUGAUGGGGUGGUCCACCAGGUCUAUGUGCUGAAGCGACCCCACGUAGAUGAGUUCCUACAGCGAAUGGGCGAGCUCUUUGAGUGUGUGCUGUUCACAGCCAGCCUCGCCAAGUAUGCAGACCCCGUGGCUGACCUAUUGGACAAGUGGGGGGCCUUCCGGGCACGGUUGUUUCGUGAGUCCUGUGUCUUCCAUCGGGGGAACUAUGUGAAGGACCUGAGCCGCCUGGGCCGAGACCUCCGGCGGGUGCUUAUCCUGGACAACUCACCAGCCUCCUAUGUCUUCCACCCUGACAACGCCGUACCGGUGGCCUCGUGGUUUGACAACAUGAGCGACACGGAGCUCCACGACCUCCUGCCCUUCUUCGAGCAGCUCAGCCGCGUGGAUGACGUGUACUCAGUGCUCAGGCAGCCUCGACCAGGCAGCUAGUGAGGCGCCCCGGGGCCAGGACCAGCCCCCUAACCAGUGCUCCCCCUCACAUGAGGACUCUGCCUUAAGGAAGCCCGGCGGCUGCUGCCACUUCAGUGCCACGGGGAAGUGGGCAUCCCCUUCCCAGCCUGGCCAGGCUGUGGAAGGGGGCAGCAGGCUGCACCAAGCGCAGCAAGGACCUGGGUCCCUGUAUCAGUGCCUUAGAACCCCCUUCUCUCUAGGGACCUGUGGUGCCCACUCCCCUUUCUCUCUCCCCCUCCCUCUCUUCUCUGUGCUGCCAUAUUUCUCUGCUGCCAAACUGGGCCCCUUGGCCCCUUCCAGGUCUGCUUGGGGGAGGGGAGGGGUUCCUGCUGCCAGGUGUCCGGAACCCAGUCUGGGAACAGUGGAUACCACGUGCCUUGCAUACAGCCCUCUCCAGCAUGGUUGGCCCAGGUCAGUCCAGACCUGGAACAGCCUAGGUUGCUGCAAUUUAGACUGGGCUCCUCACCCAGUCUCCUGGGACUGAUUCGGCUCCCCCAACCCCUCCCUGACUCUCUAGGAGGGGGCAGGGAGAGCUGUUACUGCUAGUGAAGGGAGAAGCCUCUGUCCGAAAGUUCUGAGUGGGCACAUCACCGCAGGCCUAAUUGGCCUGACCCUCCCACCUCUGCCUCUACUGCUCCAAGGCCCAAGUCGGCUCCCUCAGCUCCAUGGGUGGGCACAGGCAGGACCCCUUUGUGGUGCCAUAUAAAUAUGUAUAUGUGUAUAUAGAUUUGGGGGGAAGGGAAGGGUCACUCCUUUCCUGUGCCCAUAAAUUGGGGGAGGGAGGGAAAGGAUUUUUACAUUUUUUAAACUGCUAUUUUCUCAGUGAAACAAGCUGGGCCAAAGGGCUCUGAGCCCUGUCCUCUGUCCCUCAGAAGCUCUUUGCUCCAUUCAUUCAUUCAAAAAUCACUUAUUGAGCACCUUCUCUGCCCAGCCCUGUGCUAGGCCCACCAGCUGACUGUGUGGGUAUCUAAAUCCACCCACCCACCCCAGACUUCACCGGUGCCUUUAGGGGAUCUGUAGGAGGUGGGACCUUUGUGGGGUUUGGGGUCUCCAGGAAGCCUGGCCAAGCUGACCCCCUUUCCCGUGCCAACCCACCCCUUGCAGCCCCAUCCUGUCCCCUGCUGGCUGGGGGCCUCUCCCAGGACAACCUGCCUUCCAGCUCUGACUCAUCUGGAGCCCCUCCCCCAAAUGCUGAGUCUGGAAGUCAAUGCCUUGGGCUCUCCUCAGGGCCUAACGGUUAAGGGGACCCAUGAACCAGUGCCAAGGGGGAGGUCAUGCCCCCUCCACACGCCCCCAGACUGAUGGGAGUACAUAGGGCGACUUUCCACUGAAGUGCCUUCUCUGUAGCCCAGACCUCCACAAAACGAUGAGAACUAAAGAGAAAGCCAGACCCCCA